CGCGAGAUGUCAUGUUCAUUCGCCUGAGCGGCACAACACAACUUAUUCCGCUUUGUUUUGCGGAGGUGAGAGGACGUUGUGUGACGAUCGCUUGCGUUUGUGCGUUGUGUUCAAUGUUUUACUUGUUUUAGAGAUUUUUCAGUGAACAGACUAUUUAAUAAGUAACGAAAAGUGUGUUCCAAUUCGAACGAAGACAUUGUAUGUGUUGAAACCUACGAAGGAUAGUUAAUUUGCGCAAUCGUUGGUGAGACUCGAUGUCAAUAAACUUGUCGGUUGUAUUUUAUGGGAAAGGUGUGCCGCAUCGUGGUGGUACCUGUUCGCGGCGGGUGGGUGCCGGAGACUCGGAGAGUGGUGCCGGCUACUGAGAGCGAUGGAGCGACUUCGAAAUUAGGAUCGUGAUUACCCAAGAUGCUGGUUUCAUCAUUGGGUUGUAAUCGUACGAUUCCACUGACGAAAGAAAGUUCUUGCCGAAACAACGAUAACGUAUCAAGAAUAUGUGAGAAACACAACGCAAGACUGAAUCCAACUGUUGCCUUAAAAAUGAACAAACACGCGAGGUGAUCGAAUAUACAUAGAUAAAUAUUUUUUAUGGAGCAUAAUGCCGAGAAGACAUAGUUUUUGAAGAGUUUUCCAACGAACAGUAUUUUGUAUACAUUUUUAGACUUUACGUGCACGGUGCUCUAGUGUAGUGUAGUGUUAUUAUCGAUGACAAAAGUAUCGAUAGUCGCGGUAAUGUGAUGAGCAGCGAGAUGACCAGUGAGGGAAACGCUGUGAAGGUGGAAGGGGGUCACGUUUCAGUCACCACUAUCAGCAUGUCGGGCUCAGAGACCAGUAAUGGCCCGUUCUCGUACAGUUCGAGCGGAGUUCGCAUCAGUGUCUCUUCGGAGCCACUUGACGAAGACUCCACUGAUGCGGAGAUCUCCAAGAUCGACUUCACCCAGCACCAAUACGAGGUAAACAUGAGAAACAAGAAGAAACGAUCGUCGAGCGGCGCUCAGUGCGAGCUGCAGAACAACGACCGCGAGCGGCCUAUGUCGUGGGAGGGCGAGCUCUCCGACUCGGAGAUGGUUAUCGACACGUGCGCAAAUAACGAUGAAAACAGCAGUUUCAUGGACCUGCAGUCGUCGCGGGACUCGAUCGACACUCUCCGGAACGUGACGAUAAAGACGGAGCCGAUGAAGGGCGAGCCGUUCCAAAGCGCGGACGACCAGCGCGUGCUCGACCUCAAGUACUCCGCGCCGCUGCAGCCGCACCAGCGCAGUCUCAGCAUGAACAGGAUAUCUGUAUUAACAGACAACACAUCGCUGUCGCUGGCGCGGCGGCCCUCCUCGCCCACGAACAGCGCCAAGUCCCUAGCACUCUCGGACCAAGGCUCGGCGCCGCACAUGCAGACGAACUUGGGCGAGGUCCAAAAUCUUACUAUCAAGAAGGAGAUGCAGUUAUCAGAGUUAAAGUGCGAGCCGUCAACGGCUAUGGACAAGCUGAUCGGAGCGUCGCACGGCUCGCCGUCGCUCGGCCGCCUGCCGCGAGUGCAGUCCAGCGCCAGCACCGACUCGGCGGUCCACUCUAUGUACACGCACAGCGUGUACAGCAGUCCGUCGGCGAGUCCGCGCGCAUCGCGUCACUACACGCCGUCGCUGUCGCGGAACAACAGCGACGCGUCGCACUCCUCCUGCUACUCGUAUAGUUCGGAGUUCUCGCCCACGCAGUCGCCAGUCCAGGGCCGGCACCCGCACGUGGUGUACCGGGAGCCGGCCGGCGUGCUGUCCCCCGCACACGACGACGACACCGAGCCCGCAGACGACAGGCUCCACCAUCACCAGGGCAUCAGCAGGCAACAGCUGAUUAACAGUCCGUGCCCCAUAUGCGGCGACAAGAUAAGCGGCUUCCACUACGGGAUCUUCUCGUGUGAGUCGUGCAAGGGUUUCUUCAAGCGCACUGUGCAGAACCGCAAGAACUACAUGUGUCUGCGCGGGGGCAACUGUCCCGUCACCGUCGCCACCAGGAAGAAAUGUCCCGCGUGCAGGUUCGAUAAGUGUCUCGGAUGCGGAAUGAAGUUAGAAGCGAUCAGAGAGGACCGGACGCGCGGCGGUCGCUCCACGUACCAGUGCUCGUACACGCUGUCGGGCGCCGCGUCCACCGGCUCGCUGCUGUCCGCGCACAUGCCCACCACGCUGCGGCACGCCUCCAGCCUUACUUGUGUAAAUGGACCUGGCUCAUACAACAGUCGGGGAGAGCCCAGUAAUAGCAGACUAACGCCCGACAUACCCCCUUUAUUACAGGAGAUAAUGGACGUAGAACACCUAUGGCAGUACAACGAGUCGGAGCUGAACAGACUAGGCAAGUCGCCGGGCAGCCCGUCCGCCAACCCGCUGCUCGCGGCGAGCGGCAUCACCGCGCAGAACUCCAGCCCCGACUUCCUCGCGGACUUGUGCAAUAUCGCCGACCACCGGCUGUACAAGAUAGUCAAGUGGUGCAAGAGCCUGCCGCUAUUCAAGAAUAUAUCGAUCGACGAUCAAAUCUGCCUACUGGAUCAAUUUAGUUGUGCGAGCUGCUGGUGCUGUCGUGCUGUUAUCGGGGAGUCAGUACUCCUGGGGAAGUAAGGGUGGGCGGUGAGAGGGAUCACGCUACAUCAGAGCGCUAAGUUGGGUCUAACGCCGUGUAUAGAACGCAUGUUGAGUUUCACAGACCAUUUGAGGAGAUUACGAGUGGAUCGCUACGAAUACGUCGCUUUGAAAGUCAUCGUAUUGCUCACAUCAGACGCGCCGGAGCUGCGCGAGGCGGAGAAGGUGCGCGCGUCGCAGGAGAUGGCG